AAUGGCGCUGCGCUCGAGCGAGCCCGUGUAUACCUUUCAACGUUAGGAAUCGUAGCUGCAUGGACUCAAUGUCAGCCCUCAACCGAUCUCGCCUUUCUCCCGUUCCCCUCAUAGAGGGGUUGCCCAUGAGGAUGUCACCCUCUCGUACCCCCCCUCCUCGGCGACCUGACAUGUCAGCACACCAAUCAACGCUUCCAGAGGAGGCCGAUCUCCCCACAAAUUCGGACAUACGACAUAAUGUAUGGCAGGUCUACAACGACCAAGCAUCGCGGUGGCGCGCAGAAUUCGUCGAAAAAUGGAACAAGGAGAUGGACUCGCUCCUCCUCUUCGCAACCCUUUUCUCUGCCGUCAUCACCGCAUUCGUAGUUCUCUCAUAUCCGAGCCUUCGCCCUGACUCCGGUCAAGCCACAGUCGAUCUACUGCAGCAAAUCAUCGCUUCGCUGCAUACAAACGGAACCCUUCAGCCGGUCCAGGCAUCAACAACGUUCGUUGCAUCAUCAACCCGCGCGUUCAUUCCGAAGGACUACGCCGUCCGCGUGAACACAUUCUGGUUCGCAAGUCUCGUCGUCAGUGUGUCCGUCGCCUUCCUCACCAUCCUCGCCAAACAAUGGCUCGCGAGCCUCGACGGGGACCUUCACCCGUCGGUCGAGGGUCGCGGGCGGCAAUUUCAGUACCGAUACGACAACGCACGCGCGUGGAAUCUUUCCUCCGCACUCGAGUGUCUACCGCUCCUUCUCCACAUGUCGCUUCUCCUUUUCUUUGCGGGCCUCAUUGACUUCCUCUGGGCGACAAACACCACUGUCGCCAUCGUCGCGACGGUGCUCAUCGGACUGACGGUCGGUAUCUACAUCGGUACCUACGUCCUCUCACACCUCUCGUCCACCUGCCCAUACAGGACGUCGGUCGAUCCUACGACGUGGACCUGGGAGUUCCUCCGCAGGUCGAUCUACACGUCCUGGAAGAUCACGUACCCGCUGGUCAAGGGCUACCGCACGCUCCUGCGCAUGAUCUCCUAUUGCGGCAUCGAGAUUCCACCCUCUCUGGCCUAUCCCGCUCGUGGCCCCAUCCUGCGCACGGAGUACAUCAUGCGCGCGUACGCCGCGCCGCUCGUCGACUCGCACUCGCGCGAGAUCAACUACAUCUUCGGCAACGCCGCGUUGAUGGAUUCCAAGGUGCUCUCGCGCAUGGUCGAGUCCUUCCAGAUGGGCCUCACGGACCAGGACGCGGAGCUCCUCGCCCACUCCAUCGCGCGCUUCCCGCACCUCGUCGCGUACCGCAACCUCUUCAUCGACGCGGGCUCCGUGCGCUUCCUCACCCAGUGGCUCCGCUGGCUCGAGGAGUUCGAGUUCGACGACCUCAAGUCCUCCGUGCAGAACGAGUAUGCGCUCGUGGAGAGGGCCCUCGCGAGGCUUCUCACGGAGGUGGUUGACGAUGACGCGAGGGCGAUCCCGACGCCUUGGGGCCUGCCGAGGACGUACAAGCGACCGCAGGAGACCAUGUCGCUCAACGCGGACCUCGCCCUCCGGACGAUGCGGCUCUCUUGUAUCGACGAGGACGCUGUGGAGGAGAUCCCGGGCGACAUCAUCCUGUUCUCGCAUAGACUCCGGCUGCAGCUCGUCGCCUUCCCUCUCACGUGGUACUCGGGCAACUUAAAGGAGUCUGUGAAAGAGUACUACGCUCGCCUGAUGCCGUUCAAGAGGCUGAACACACUGGAGAGCGAAGACAGGAUGUCAAUCGUCAACACCACCAUCUACGUUGCCACGCGCGUGAUCGACCCUCCCCAGUGGACCAAGCCCACCGAGGUUGUCUCCGCACGCCUUGAGCACAAGCACGGCGCUCUCGACGCAUUUGCUUCACUCGUGCUACACAAUCCCGGCAUGGACUUUGCGCUCCUUCGCCAGAUCUGCUGGGCCCUCUGCGUGCUCUCCAUUCCCGAGCGUAGACUAAUUCCCAAGUUUGACGACUUCCACUUGCUCAUCACGCAGGUGCGACGCACGGACCGGCUGUUGGAUGCCCUGAGAAGCAACGUCCUCGCACCGAGAAAGCAGCAUCCCGUGAUGCUCCACGCAAUGCUCGUAGUACUCGAGGAGUUGCUGUACUCAACGUAUGCUCCUGGUCGGUCGUCCGACAAGCUCGAAGAGGCGGAUCGUAUCAAGCUGAUAGAGGCGCUGAUUACGCGGUACCCUACAUUUCUGCAGGAACUACACGCGGAGCUACUCGACUCCUGGAACUGCGAUGACAGUCAGGCAGCGGCGAGCUGGCAGCACGGUUCCUUCUCCCUACAAGACUCGCUGCGCCUGCUGAGACGUGUCGUCCGCGUGUCUGGAUUCCUCGGCUACUACUGCCCCACAGAUCUGGGCCCGCUCAAGAUCGACCGCGAGCAGAUCACUCAUUCCACCCUCGAGAUACUCCAGUUCAUGUGCAGCCAUGACCAUAGACACAGCGACCCCGAAACCAGGAUAGCGAUUCACCGCGUCGCGUACGGCGCCGCGUGCCGGUUCACCAUCCUCAACUCUGGCGUGCCCACGCCGAUCGUGCCCCCCGUGGAUGAGUUCGUCUUCGACAACCACUCCGCGUGGGCCGUUGGCGAGCAGAUGAUCGCGGCGCUGCGGGUCGCUUCUGCGGUGUUCAACCCGCCCAAGUCGAUCAAGACGGUCCUGACAAUGAUGGCUGACCUGCGAUACAUUUCGACCGACUCGAGGUUCCGUUCGGGGAUCCUGGCGCAUCUACGGAGACCAGAGUCGGGAGUUCCUGAACUUCUCGAUCUUCUCUUGCAAAAAUGGUGUGAGGAUGAGGCGCGCGAGGCGAUCAGUACUUUGGAAGGGACUGGAAGCCUGUCAGAGAGGCCGCGACCUACACCUCGACAAGCGACUCGGACGAGGAGGUCAACGCGCCCCCGACUUGAUACUACGAAAGCUGGUAUACGAUUGAAGUGACGUCUAGACGUAGACGUUGCGUGGAUGCUAUUAACGAUUGUACGAUUGUGUGGCAGUUCAGUAUGGCGGCAUAUCCAUGACAAAAUUAGACUUAUACUCAUCAACGCUGUAAUUGAUACUCUGUGUAUCACUGGCUGUAAAGUAUUAUGUCCUCUAUUUUGGUGGCUUUGAGAAUCCCAGUCGUAGGGUAAUUGACGUCCGG